AUGGGUGAAAUCGGUAUGAAUCUGCUCCUGCGGAGGAUAGCUGAACAAGCCCGCGAACAGAGCAUGAUACGCGAAGCAGCACUGGCGAACAAAUUUCGAAAGCUGCCCAAUCCAACGUCGCCCAGAAACGACAAACGGGUGCACAACCUGUCAUCAAAGGAGCUGACGAAGGAUCAGAUGCAGGUUUUACGGCACGAAGCUUCAUUUAACACGGCUGACGCCAAACCUGUUAACAUGAUUGCAGCAGUGGAAUCAAUCCUUUUUCAGACGGAGGCAACGGAGGAGACUAAGAACCUCAUCCGACACCAAGUGUCGUCUCUCCUGAUGGCCCACAGGCCGCGGGAAGUGCUUUCCAAGGUCGAACGUGAUGCGCUUAGAGAACUAAAGGCCGACAAAGACCUGGUCAUCGUGCCAGCGGACAAAGGACGCGCCACAGUUGUACUGGACAGGACAGGCUACCUUCAAACAGCCAAAGGUUUACUGGAGAACCGACAGUUCUAUGUCCCAUGUGCAACGAACCCUUUAAAGGCGCUGACACGCAAAAUUAAUGCUACGUUGUUGGCCUUGGAGAACUCAGGUGCAAUAAAACCGAUCGACAGACGCAUGGCGAGACCCAAAGAUACGGCUUUGGCCCGAUUCUAUGUCCUCCCUAAGGUGCACAAAGACGGCGCUCCUCUCCGACCCAUCGUGUCGCUCAAAGGGACUCCAACGUACGGACUGGCUAAGUGGCUGUUCCGGCGUCUCAAUUUCCUGACCACUGAGUCAGACACCACGGUCUCUUCGUCAGAGCAAUUCCUGGAGGAACUCAAAGGGGUAAGCAUCCAUCCAAAUGAGGUCACGAUAUCUUUUGAUAUUACAUCACUUUUUGCUUCUAUUCCCCAGGACCUGGCGAUCGAGACAAUUGAGCUGCUACUACAAAGCAAAUACGAUGAAACGGAGAACCAUCUUGGACACGCCCAGGUCCUUCAGCUCUUGAAGCUCUGUCUCAGGACGUACUUCACGUUCGACGGGACAAUCUACGAACAGGUGAAGGGCACACCAAUGGGUUCGCCGAUUUCGGGAUUCAUCGCCGAGGCGGUCCUACAACGGUUAAAGUCGCUGGUCUUCCAACACCACAGACCCAAAUUCUGGGCCCGGUAUGUGGAUGAUACCUUCGUCGUCAUCGAACGGGAUCAGGUGUUGACAUUCCAAGAACAUCUCAACGCCAUCUUCCCGGACAUUCAAUUUACGAUUGAGGAGGAAGAGAACAACCAGCUGGCCUUCCUGGAUGUCCUCGUAUGCCGCAAGGAUUGUGGUGGACUAAAGACCAAAGUGUUCAGGAAAGCGACAAAUACGAUGCAAGUACUGAACUUCAACAGUAACCACCCAAUCAGCCACAAACGCAGUUGUGUAAGGACGCUCUAUCGGCGUGUCGAAACGCACUGCAGUGAGCCGGAAGACAAAGUUGCUGAACUACAAUACCUCCGACGGGUCUUCAAAGCCAAUGGCUACCCGCGCAACUUCGUCGACCGGUGCAUAAGCAAAAGGGACGAAAGGCCUAACCGCACGGACACCAAGACUUGGCGGGCACUUCCGUAUGUCAAGAACGUUUCGGAAGCUGUCGGCCGCCUUCUCGCACCACUUGGGGUUGGAGUGGCACACAGACCGGAGGCAACCAUCAGACGUCUGAUCAUGAAACCGAAAGACCCACUGCCACGACUAGAAACGUCUGGAGUCGUUUAUCGGAUCUGGUGCAGUUGCGGACAAAGCAACUACGUCGGAGAAACCGGAAGACAGCUCCGAACGAGAAUGGCCGAACACGCAGAAAUGACGCCAGCUCUCAAGUUGCAGCUCAUUCGACGAGAUCCGGCCACACAUUUAAAUUCGAUGAGGCCGAAAUUCUCGCAAGAGGUGACAACCGAGUGA